AGCGUAGUUGCCCUUUCCCCUUUGACAGCGGAAGUUUAACGACAGAGGCGCCGCAUGGAAACAGCGUUGUGUUGCUUAGUUCCUUUACACCAUGUCUUCGAAAAAGAAAAUUAAGUCCAAAGUGACCAGGGGUGAGGAGGAUGAGGGAGUGUCGCCGAGAGUACAGCCGGCUUGUUGCUCACCUGCAGCCCCAUCUCCUGGGACUCUCCGAACAGCAGAAGCAGAGGGUAGGUUGGGCACACACCCCCAGGCUUGUCUGUCACUGACCGUCACAGACAGUCUGGAGAAAGCAAAUGAGAAGGUUCCCAAAGCUUGCCGAAGGUGUCUUGCUCAAAUGAGUCUCAACAGCUUAAAAUUGGCAAAUCUCUACAUUGGUCGACCAAUCCUUCUUACCAGCACUGCUGGCAAACAGGAGGUUUGCACAGCAUGGCCUAUCCCAAGUUUCCCUGGGAGUAAGAUUGGAUUAAGUGAAGUUACCCAGAAGAAUUUAAAGGUCAAGGUGAAUGAUACAGUUACUGUUGAACCACUGUUUGGUCCAGUAUUACAGGCAGAAGAAAUAUAUAUUACUUUAAGAGAUCAAAAUGAUUUCUUCAAUAUAGAAGAAUUAUCAGACUACUUGUUGAGGAGUAUGGAUGGGAAGAUAGUAUUACCUGGCAACUUCCUGAACCUUGUACUUUAUGGUCGCACGUUUCACUUGAUACUGAAGAAGAUAAAAGGAGUGGAUGGUGCAGUGUUGGAGAUGCCGUCGACUGUCUCACUCGGUGAUUCACAACUGAAUGUAGAAUCUUUACUUGAUGAAUCAGUAGAUGAGAAAACCGCAAUGGAUUUGUCCAGAGAUUUCAGUGAUUUGACCAUAGAUGAUAUCUCUGUCCAGAAAAACAAUGCUACUCCUGAUUCUCUUACUCCUCCAAUGGGUUCUCAAAAUAUAUCCAUUGUAACCUACAACAGGAUGGUGGACAAUGAGAAAAUGCCAGAAUUGCACAAUGAUUCACUGUGCUCUUUAGCAAGUAACAAUGAAAAUAUUGAAAAAUCUGAAUCUGUUCAGGAAAGUGAAAACCAGUGUGACCCCCCAGUAGAGAAGUUAAUCUUGAUGUCUGACAACUGCCUGAGAAGUAGCAGAGAUACAUUUUAUCAAAUUUCUUUGCUCACUCAAGUCAAGUUCAUGCAGGAACAAAACAAUGACGAGGAGAGGAUGCAAGAAUCCAAUUCCAGAGUCACUUAUGAUAUGAUUGGAGGACUGGACAAUCAGCUGAAGACUAUUCGAGAAAUUAUCGAAUUACCUUUGAAACAACCACAGCUGUUCAAAUCCUAUGGAAUUGCACCCCCUCGAGGAAUUUUGCUGUUUGGACCUCCUGGUACUGGGAAAACUUUGAUUGCCAGAGCUAUAGCUAAUGAAGUUGGAGCUCAUGUUUCCGUCAUCAAUGGACCUGAAAUUAUGAGCAAGUACUUUGGAGAAAGUGAAGCAAGAUUGAGACGCAUCUUUGCAGAAGCAACUCAAUGUCAGCCCUCCAUAAUAUUCAUUGAUGAGCUUGAUGCUAUGUGCCCAAAGCGGGAAGGAGCUCACCAUGAAGUUGAGAAACGAGUGGUAGCAUCAUUGCUCACACUAAUGGAUGGAAUUGGCUCGGAGGGAAGUGAAGGACAGCUUCUUGUUCUUGGUGCAACAAAUCGUCCUCACGCCUUGGAUCCAGCACUUCGGAGACCUGGACGAUUUGACAAGGAAAUAGAGAUCGGUAUUCCUAAUGCUGAAGAUCGUGCAGAUAUCUUAAGAAAGUUCCUGAAGAAUGUUCCCACUUUGUUGACUGAGGUUGAACUGACACAGCUUGCAGAUGGGGCUCACGGGUAUGUUGGAGCAGAUCUGGCAGCAGUUUGUAAAGAAGCAGGUCUGCAUGCAUUGCGUCGGGCACUUGGAGAAUGCGCCAACCCCUCAGACAGUGAGGUAGCUGAAUCGGUGAAGAUAACCUUUAAUGACUUCCUGCAAGCGAUGAAUGAUGUCAGACCUAGUGCUAUGAGGGAGGUGACAAUUGAUGUGCCGAAAGGACCAGAACUAAUGAGUAAAUACGUAGGAGAGUCUGAGCGUGCUGUGAGAGAGAUCUUUAGGAAGGCCAGAGCUGUAGCACCUUCUGUCCUCUUUUUUGAUGAAAUAGAUGCUUUGGCUGUUGAGAGGGGCAGUUCUGCUGGUACUGGGAAUGUGGCUGAUCGAGUCCUUGCACAAUUGCUGACUGAAAUGGAUGGAAUUGAACAGCUCCAUAAUGUGACAAUCUUGGCAGCCACCAACAGGCCAGAUAUGAUAGACAAGGCUUUGAUGCGUCCAGGAAGAAUUGACCGCAUUAUAUACGUGCCACUGCCCGAUGCAGCCACUCGAACAGAGAUCUUCAGACUGCAGUUUCGUACCAUGCCAAUCAAUGAUGAUAUCAGCUUGGAUUACCUGGUAGCUAAGUCACAGAAAUAUUCUGGAGCUGAGAUCAUUGCUGUUUGCAGAGAAGCAGCCCUCUUGGCUUUGCAAGAAGAUCUUGAGGCCAAGAUAAUUAUGAAAAGACAUUUUGAACAGUCAUUUGAAAUUGUCACUCCAAGGAUACCUCAGAAGCUUAUUGACUUCUAUACUAAUUACCAGCUGCAAAGUGGACUUCAUAUGCUAUAAGAAUGAAAUGAAAUUCAUUUAUUGAAGACAUCAAAUUCAUUAUGAAAAAAAUUAAGUCAUAAAUUUGGAUCCUCCAUGUGUUAAUUUCAACAAAUAAAGAUUGAUAUUUCAAAUCAACUAUAUUUAAUUGGUAUUUUGUUAUAACUAACUAACUUUGCCACACAUUAUUCCUGUAGAGGAAAAUUUUUCCAGGUUUUUAAAAGGCCCUUUUAGCAGUAUGUGAAUAGGAACAGUGGACAUUACCUUCCCUGUUCACAACUGUCCCACUUUGAAAAGUAUCCUAGUCUUGACAGUCCACAUGUACCACUUCAUCUCUCAGGAGUUUGAUACAGCAACAUAGCAUGUCAAUUAAACAACCCCAUGCUUCCUAUUUGCAAUAUGUACUGGUUUUUCUGUCCCCAUUGUGGUUGUAUAGAGAAGUCAUUUAAUAG